CCUACCUCCCUCCCUCCCUCCCAACGGUCCUCCAAUCCUUCCCUCACCCACCGGAGGCCAGAAAGAAAUAAAAGAGAUAGAAAAAAGAGGAUGGUGCGGGUGAGCAACAAUCUGAUCGGGAUCUUGAACAUCUUGACGCUGCUCCUCUCCAUCCCCAUCCUGGGCGCCGGAAUCUGGCUGAGCCACCGCGCCCACACCGACUGCGAGAAGUUCCUGGAGCGGCCCGUCAUCGUCCUCGGCGUCUUCCUCCUCCUCGUGUCCCUCGCGGGGCUCUUCGGCGCCUGCGGCCGCGUCUCCUGCCUCCUCUGGCUCUACCUCCUCGUGAUGUUCCUCCUCAUCGUCCUCCUCUUCUGCUUCACCGUCUUCGCCUUCGUCGUCACCAACCGCGGCGCAGGCGAGAUCGUCUCUGGCCGGGGAUACAAGGAGUACCGCCUUGGGGACUACUCCCACUGGCUCCAGAAGCGGGUCGAGAACGAGGGGAACUGGCGCAAGAUCCGGAGCUGCUUGCAGGAUAGCAACGUCUGCAAGAGUUUGCAGGAGAAGAACCAGACGCUUGAUGAGUUCAUCAACAACAACCUCUCGCCGACCCAGUCUGAAUGCUGCAAGCCUCCCACUGAAUGCAACUUCACCUACCGGAAUGGAACAGUUUGGGAUAAACCUGCUGAUUUUACCUCUUCUAAUAAUUCAGACUGCAAUACAUGGCAAAACUAUCCAUCUGUCCUCUGCUAUAACUGCCAAUCUUGCAAGGCAGGGGUCCUCGCCAACAUCAAGAAUGACUGGAAGAAGGUUGCGAUCGCGAACAUCGUCUUCCUCAUCUUCCUUAUUGUUGUCUACUCUGUUGGAUGCUGUGCCUUCAGGAACAACAGGCAUGACAAUGCUUACCCAAGAUGGAAAGGAGGAUAUGCCUAGAGGGUGAUGGUUUCUCCUAUUAAUGCUUCUCUUUGUUCUCAUUUGCCUGAGUACCUAUUUAAUGAUUUUUCCCAUGCAAAGUCUAUGCUGCUUGGUUGUUUUAGCAGUUCAAUUAUUGAUAGGAAGCAGAGGCCAGGGCAAUGUGGAAUUUGUUUGAUUGGGUGGAUAAGGUGGAAGACUUGAACCAUUAAUUUUCUUUCUUCCAAUGGAAGGCCAGCAUAUUGGUAGGUUCGUA